CACCAGUCUCUCUCUCAUCCCCCGCCCGCCCCCACAGACGGAUCCUCGAGGUGCACUCGGCCGAUGAGUUCUACACGGUGAUGGGCGUCCUCACCAGGGAGAUGAUCACCUUUGGUCUUAUGGACGCUAACAAGCUGGUUCAGACGGUUGUUGGGAUAGCUCCUUUCCCAUUCCCUGGGCUGGCCGAACUGCGAGACAAGUACACGUACAACAUCACCCCGUGGACCCAGUCCGUGUCGUCCGUGGCCAAGCGGGGCCUCAGGCUCUUCUACUCUGAUGACGACGAUGAAGAGGAUAACGACGAGGACGACCAGAAGAUCGCUGUGGCCACGGCCUUCGGGCUCUCGGGCAUAUUCAGAAAGAACACGGAAGCUAGCCGGGGACCUUCACCUGUGAGCGGAGGGUCAGCGGUCUCCCCCAGUAAUUUCACCCCUCUGAAUUUCCCCUCCCCCCGCCAUGCCCACGAGAGCAGGGACACCCUCCGCCCCAACCUGGACAUCUCCGCCCUCAAGAAGCAGUAUGCCCGCCUAAGGGAGAGGCAGAAGCAGGCACAUAUCAUCCUUACAGCAUCUCAGUUGCGUAUGAGCUCGACCCUGGGAAGUGGGUUGAGUGCUGCAGGCGCCGGACACAAGUCUACAACUCUGACAAUGAACCACCUGCUGAGGGGCAAGAAGGCUCUCACUUCGAAAACCCGGCGUGUGGUUCCUCAGGGUGUCAUCCCAGUCACGAAGCCCAAGAAGAAGGCUGAGCGUAAGUUAAGUGACUCUACUGGCACCCGUUCAAGCUCGCAGCAACAGCAACCAAAGCAACCUUCCAUACAGUCUUUCAAUAGCCUCCACAAGUCCACACAGCAACUCUCAAACAGUUCCAAAGCUCCUGCCAAAGUAGAGACCCUCCACUGGAAGGACACCCCAAGAAGAGACCGCCGAGCCUCACUCCCUUCUGGGGUCAAACUCCUGGAGGGAUCUAUGCCUUGUCUGGGAACACUUGGGGUUCCCUCUGAAAUUGAUGAUGACGAUGGUGGCAGCAGCACUUCAACAGAGUUAUGUGACGAUGAUGAUGAUGAUAAAUUGAGUGACUUGGAAGUUGAUCCAUCCACAGAACCUCGACCUGCAACAACUUCUCCGCGUCUUGAAACAGUUCACGAGGAUGGCAAAGUUACACCUGAAUCAAAGCACGCUCAAGCAGAAGGAUUACCUGAAGAUAAAAAACAGCAGCCAGUAUCCCACAAUUUAUUACCAUCAGUAGUCCAAGUGAAAGAAUUACAAGCAGAGAUAAGUACUCAGACUCUACCAAAAGAAGAGACAAUUGUAGAUAAUGCUACUGCAGACCAAGUAAAACCACUUUCGGAGCCUCAAGAUAAAGACUCCACUAAAAAAAUACAAGAGCCUGAGGUACCUCUGGCAACAGAACCUCCACUCUGGGACUUUAAAGCUAUAGAAACUGGGAUCCCACUGGAAGACUUACUAGCUGGCAAGAAUCUAACAGCUGCUGAAAUCAUUGCAAGGAUUCCAUUUCCUAGUGAUGUGAGCUUUAUGCAGCAGACUACUGAAGGGCCUAAUAAACUCAAUGAAACAAGACCAGUUCAAGGAUCAUCAUCCCCAUUUUCCACACAGCACAAUGUUACACCUGAGAGAUCACCAGUAGACAGCCCCGGGCCAAGGAUUACCUCACCAGAUAUAGUUUACGAGCCAUCGCUAACAACGAAACCUUCUCCGAAUAUAUCGCCAUCCAAAUCACUUUCAUCAACACCAUCUCCAAGGGCCUCUCCUGUCCACAAAUCAUUCAUAUCAUCCAGUAAAUCUCCAAAUCUUUCACCUUCACAAAGUCAAGAUAACCUCGGGCUUGCCAAGCUGUCCCUGGUGGGGUUGCCGCCUGUCUCUGCCUCAGACAUUACGCAUGACACAACUCUAAUCCCUCCCAAAUCUCCAAAAAUCACAGUCGAGGAUGAAAAGAGAAAUAUAUUUGAAAUUUAUACUGGUCAUCCUAGUCCAGUUACCUCCACCCUGCCUCCAAGUGAUGAGGAAAAUAAAAUUGAAAUAUACUUAAAUAAGGUUUUGGAAAACAUUUCAAUUGAAAGUGAUACAUGUCCAGACCAAAUUGCAGAUCACCAAGAAAACGUGGUAAAUGGUGCAGGAAAUGUGACAGUCUUACCAGACUAUAUAAAAUUAAAUGAGGCUAAAGACACUGAAACAUCAGUAGUUGAAUCAAACGAUUUGGAAAAUAAAUUUGAAGAUACAUGGGACACUAAGACACUUUUGGAAAAUCCAAAGGAGUUUACCUGGCUUAAAGACUCAUAUAAACAGUGUGAAUCUGAAAGUAAUGGAAGCCUUAUCAAUGCUAGCUUUUCAAUAGAAACAAGUUCCCCAACUCCAGAUUCCACUGUGUUUGAAGCCAUUUGCCAAAGGUUAAAAGAAAAUGUGAUAAAGACUGAAUCAGACAUUCCAGAAGUUCAAACAAAUUUUGCAACGAAUUCAGGAUUUUUGUGCCUUACAAUAAAUAAAGAAGACAAUACUCUACAUUCUGAAACACAGACUGCUACUAGUAUUGACAAGCUAGACGCAUCUGUUGAAGAUGUCAAAACAUCAGGUUGUACAUCCCCCGUUACAAACACUCCAACAGAAGCACUUGGUACCAGUUCUUGGCUUUCUUCGUUUACCAUGACUGUUAACAGCAGUUUAAUUCCAUUAGCAACUUCAGACAGCAACCUUGUUGCACCACUUUGCAAGCCUUCUGAGGCUGGCUAUGAAAUCAUUGAAGCAGCAUUGAACAAAGAGGUAUCACCGGUAACGGUUUCAUUUGAAAGCUCUACUUCUCCUGUUAUUACGACUUCUGAAGCUGGGUCUACAUCUGUGUUUACAACGGUUGAUAGUGGAUUUUCAAUAUUUAUGAAGACAUACAGUAGUACAUCAGAUAUCGUGUCUGAUGAUGAUACAAGCUUGAAGACAGAAAUAGUUGGCAAUCUUGCUUCCUCAGUAACUACAACCUUCAAUAAUGGAAUUACACACACAGCAGUGAGCAGUUCUCACUCGCCAACAUCUUUCAACACUCGAGUUUCACCAGGAACCGAUACUUCAGAAUUUAUGUUUCCAUGUAUGUUAAGUAGAUUUUCAGAAUUUACAAAGGAAUUUGAUAGUGGAAAUGCUGCCAAGAAAAUUAAUGAAGAUUUAUAUUCAUUGGAAAAUACAGAUACUUCCAAUUAUUCAUCUACACUUGAAAACUUACACAUUGUAGGAACAUGGAAGAAUGACAAAUCUUCUAUAGUAACAUCAGCAAUUGAUGAAUUUCCCGUAGUGACAACCUCAAAUAGUUGUCAAAUUAUUUCUACAAGCAGAUCUGAAACCAGAGUACCAUCACCACUGGCCACAGAACCAGAGUGCUCAUCCAUCAUGGAGACCUCAUUGGUUAGCUCUCCACCUUUGUAUGUAAUAAAUACACUACCUGAUAUUCCUUUGGCCUUCAGCAUACCAACUGGUGAAAUUACAUAUUCAAGUAUUAAUGUUAGUCAAGAAACUUCCUCCCCAAAUGACAUGUCCAAUGAAAAAUCUUUGAAAACUUCUGUAAAUGACACAUCAUUAGACUAUGAUCCGUCUCUUGAAAAUGAAAUUUUAUCCUUAAUUGGCAAGAAUCAAACAUUUUCAGAAUCAACUGCAGAAAAGUGUGACUCGUCUGAAACUACAAAUUCACACAGACAAACAAAAUUAGAAAGCAGUGCGUCUCCAGCACUUUCGCUUGAAGAAAGAAUUUUAGCAUUGCUCAAUAUAGAUGAAAAGAUGUCUACAGUGUCUCCGGAUGGUACAUUAUUAUCCCAUAGAUCAUCAUCUGUUGAUGGCAGCAAAUUGCCAACAACUGAAAGUGGAGAAAGGCAUGUUUCCUCAAUGGAAAAUUCAGAAAACAUGUAUGCCUCCUUAAUCACAACAAAGGAGGAAAUUUUGUCACCAGUGCCAAGCUUAGACAGGGAAUCAUCAUUAUCUGCUUCUCUUGAGGGUAGAAUAUCUUUCUUUACAAAUAAUUUGAAGGAUGAAAGAGAUGAUGAGACUGGAGCAUAUGCUAGGUUAACUGAAGACAAAGAAGAUAGAAGCUCUGACGACAAUGAUGCAGAGGCAGAAACAGACUUUUUCAAUGGCAAAGACCUUAGCUCGGAAGCAAUUCGACAAAGACUAUGGAGUGGUGUUAAGUCGCUCAGCCUGGAUGCUGAUAUUACCCUUGAUCCUAAUGUCUUUUGUUUCCUCAUUCAGCAAAGUUCAAGACAAAAAAAAUGGAAAGAUGAUAGAAAAUUACCUAGAAGAAGAAACAGUGAAGUAGCCUUGCAGGAACUUGUUAAAGAAAAUACGGAAAUUAUUGAAAGAAUUUUGAAGCAAAAAUCAGUCGAAGGUUCAGGUUUUAUCAAAAUAGAAACUCCCAUUCAUACUCCACUUGAGGAGACUAAAACCCCAGUCCAUACUGCACUUAAGGAGGAUAAAACCCCAGUGAAUUCUGCACUAGAUGAGACUAAAACCCCAGUCCAUACUGCACUUGAGGACACUAAAACCCCAGUCCAUACUGCAGUUGAGGAGACUAAAACUCCGGUCCAUACUGCAGUUGAGGAGACUAAAACCCCGGUCCAUACUGCACUUGAGGAGACAAAAACCCCAAUUCAUACUGUAUUUGAGGAGACUAAAACCCCAGUCCAUACUGCAAUUGAAGAGACUAAAACCCCAGUCCAUACUGCACUUGAGGAGACUAAAACUGCAGUCCAUUCUACACUUGAGGAGACUAAAACCCCAGUCCAUACUGCAAUUGAGGAGACUAAAACUGUGGAAAAGGAAUCAGAGAACAAAUUAAGAGAGACGUCUGCUUCUAUUAAAUUUAACAUGGAAAACAGUGAAAGUGAUUGUAGUAUCAAUUCUCGGAGUCAUAAGGAAACAAAGUCCCUCUCAGGCGAAGCAUGUGUUGCAGCUACUUUUGAAUCUCUUGAAGGAGCCACUAAUUUUGUCAAAGUUAAGGAAUUCUCACAUUCAACCACUCAAAGUAAAGUCAUUUCUCCUCAAAGCUCUAAAACCUCCCUGCCAGAAUGGAAAUAUAACAAUAAAAGGGAAGACGGUUCCAUUGCUUUAAGCCCAACUAGACCUAUUACAUUCAACCCGUUUCCAACAAGAAAUGUGCCAAGACAACCAAAAGAAGUAGGUGUAAAGUUAGGUCUCUAUAGCCCAACUAAGAAAAUGUCUGGUAGUUCCACAUCCUAGAAAAUAAAGGAAAACAUUUUACUUAACAUUUUUAAGUGAUGGACAAAACUGUAGCCUGAGUGGAGUUUAUACAAGUUACAAUAAAUGGUUUGGUUUCUAUACAAAUUUGGUACAGUAUUUUAAUGGUAAAAUAUUGAAGUAAUUUAAGGCCAUGAUAAAAAUACUGUCAACUGCAUUAAGAAGUAGACAUUUUAAAUAAGAUACUGUACUGUACUUGUAAGCAUGUCAGUAGAAAUUGUAUAAAACAUAUUAAGUUUGUUACAAUAAAUACAUCCAUAAGUUAAAAUUUCAUAAGUGCAGUGAUAUUUUUAUUUCUAAUGGCAAGAUAUAAUAAAAUAUAUUAUAAUUGUAACUAACAGGGUAAACAAAUUUGCAUACAUUUUUAAUAUUAUUUUAGCCAGUACACGAGGUAAUUUAGUUCCUAGAAAUUUCAUCAAGGUGCAAUAAAUGUAAUAUAUACUUAAGAUGUGCUAAUUUAUGAAAACAUACAUAACAGGGACCACUUGACAACAUUAUGAAUGUUGAAUGAUGUUCCCCGAAUCUUGUAGCCCAUUUCCCUAUUAAUAGACCAAGAUGCCAAUUCAAAGAAAAUACUUUAGAUUUAAAUAUUAUUUUUGACCAUUAAUAAAAAGUAACACAGGUCUUGCAAUAGAACAGAUAAUAAUGGCUAUUUUAUAAUUUUCUCUAAUAUUGGUUUAAUAGGUAGUACAGAGAACUCAUAACGAAGUUCCAACCCUCCCCCACAUACCAGACUAAAAUGUCUCCUUCAUACUUACUCAAUAUUGCCUUCGCAGUGUAGUAUUCUCUUCCAAAUUCCUUCUUGACUCUACCCCUUGACCCCCCUCAUCCUCCAUCAAGAAUCACUGAAAUAACUGUGUAAGUUUCUUAGACUGCUUUUCUAUUUUUUUUUUUUCUUUUUGUUUUUCUUCCUUUUUCACUAAGAACUACACCAAAAUCACACUAUAUUUAUCUUAAUUUGCUUACUUUUCUCUAAUAAGUAAGUAAGCCACUAUAUCUCUAGUGAUCUCAAAAAGGACAGGAAGCUGGUGGUUUAUUCAAAGUCAAACCCCAUUUGUCCUCCUGAUUUUAUCGAGCUGGAUUUUUAAAUUUGGCAUCGUUUUUGCAUUUACGGCUUCAAUGGGUAGACAGUUCCAUGGGUAUGUAACACUGAAAAAGCAUCUCCUGUUUUCUGUCCUACAUUAUGGAUUCAGCUUGAAACUGUUGCUCCAUGAUUGUGUUACAUCUGACCUUAUAAAGAAGCUGUCUGGAUCAAUAUCCUCCAAACUGUUCAGUACAGUAUUUUAAGUUUCGAUGACUCCUUGAAAAAUGGCCUUGAGGUCUUUAUAAUUGGUAGCAUUUCUUGAAGCAAGCAGGGCUUAAAUUGUAUCUCCUUUUCCCUUUUCAUGUGGCUUUUGUUUUACUCUCACUUGUACAGUGUGUGCAUAGUGAAGACAUUUGAAGCUGUUUUUGUAUUUAAAUUUCUCUGUACCAUCAUUGACUGCAAAUGAGCAUUUAUUGAAAAGACAGUAUGAACAUAAUAAAACCUGAGCAGGCCAUAAAGCCUUAAGACAAUGUGAACGUAGCUACAGAAGAAAAAACCCUUAGUGGGUGAUAGGGAUACCCCUUCCUUUGACCUUUGUAAUGAAGGGAAAAGGAUGUUCUUUGUAUGAACAUCCAAGGCCAUCCUAUAGUAACCCAGGUACAUAAAUCAUUUGAAAAUACAGUGGCCUCUCCUGUAACACUAAUUAUAUUGCUGGAAAAUGGCUCAUUAUAUAAAACUGAAUAGCAUGGUACAGUAAUAAUAGGGUUACAUUCCCUGACAAAAGUUAUACAUUACUUGUACUUGAAUACCUGCCUUUAAAAUAGUUUGCAUGUAUGAGAGUGGGUUUGGUCCUGUCUUUUGAAUGCAUAUUACAUAAAAGUUCAUACAGUUUAAAACAUUGAAAAAAACAAAAAGGGUAGUCAAAAAUGCAUUGUAUAUGGGUCCAGUGUACAUUACUCUUGUUGUACCGAAUUUACAUUCCCGAACAAAUUUUAAUAUACAGUAUAUGGUAAUUUUAAAUAGCUAGAGAUGUCUAAAUUUGUAUAAAUUCUGGUUCAUUUUAAUUACAGUCUAAUCAUUCAAUUGCUAUUUAAAUUAUUUUUAAUUAUACAGAAACUAAUCUACUCUAUACAGAGCAAAUAUCAAAUAGUUUUAUAUUUUUCAUGAGUGCAUUAUAAGCCAUAAGGGCAAGAAUAUCAUGUCAUUUAUUGUUGCUUUUCAGCAUCUGUAUUGCAUCAUAUGCAUACCAUCACAAAAUGAAAUCAUCACUUCUUCCAACAAAAUAGGAGGCUGUGAUAAAUAUUACAUUAUAUCAGGGCAUAAGUAUUUCCAUCUGCUCUUGUCUUAUUUACAUACCUUAGCAGAAAAUCAUAUGUAUCUCUUCAGCUUGUACACUACACAGAUUAUAUUAUUUUAUGUCUUUGUAGUAAAAUAAAACAAUUAUCUACAGUUCUCAGAAUUGUGUGAG